AUGGCUUUUUUUUCUACAUCAAAUAGUAACCAAGGUACAUCUUCGACAGCAGCUACGGAAGCUGAUUUAGCCAAUGAUAUUGUGCUUAACAAUCCAGCAGAAGAUUCCAUUUCAGAUAUAGCAUUCAGUCCCCAACAAGAUUUUAUAUUCAGUGUGAGUUCAUGGGAUGGGAAAGUCCGAAUCUGGGAUGUUCAAGGAGGUGUAGCUCAAGGCAGAAGUCAAUAUGAGCAUGCAGGUCCAGUAUUAUCAACUAGAUGGUCUAACGAUGGUUCUAAAGUGGCAUCUGGGGGCUGUGAUAAUAUUGUAAAACUAUUCGAUGUCGCCAGUGGACAAUCACAACAAAUUGGUAUGCACGAUGCCCCUGUAAAGGCUGUAAGAUUUGUCAAUUGUGGUCCGUCAAACACCGAAUGUUUAGUGACAGGUUCUUGGGAUAAAUCCAUCAAAUACUGGGAUAUGAGACAACCUCAGGCUAUUUCUACUGUCAUCAUGCCAGAUCGUGUAUAUACAAUGGACAGUAAACAACAGUUACUUGUUGUGGGAACUGCGGAAAGACACAUUGCAAUAAUAAAUCUUAACAAUCCAGGUUCCAUAUUUAAAACCACACUCUCUCCAUUAAAGUGGCAAACAAGAGUUGUUUCAUGCUAUAAUGAAGGUGAUGGAUAUGCCAUUGGUUCAAUAGAAGGAAGAUGUGCUAUAAGGUAUGUAGAUGAUGAAAUGCAAAAGAAAUCUGGAUUUUCAUUCAAAUGUCAUCGUCAGAAUAAUCCCAACAGAACAGCAGGCUCACAACAAUCUUUGGUCUACCCUGUAAACAGUAUUGCCUUUCAUCCUAUUUAUGGGACCUUCGCUACAGCAGGUGGGGACGGGUGUUUCCAUUUUUGGGAUAAGAACCAUAGACAUAGAUUGAAGGCAUUUCCUUCACUACGAUCCUCAAUACCGGUGGUAAAUUUUAAUAGAAAUGGUUCCGUGUUUGCAUAUGCAUUGAGUUAUGAUUGGCACGAAGGACACAUGGGAAACAGACCAGACUACGCCAACGUUAUAAGACUACAUCCCACCAGAGAUGAUGAGGUAAAAGAAAAGAAGAAAAGAUAG